AUGAGUAGCCGAACGACAGUAUCAUGCGUUGAUGUCAAUGAUAUUAUGUCUGCAUUUGGUGAUUGGACAUUAAGGCUCGAUGUAAAGCUCUUUUAUUCUGCUCUUUAUGCGACAAUAUUUAUUGUUGGAUUGAUUGGAAAUGGUUCGCUGAUUAGAAGUUUAGCGAAGCGAAAACGAAUCUCAGUUCCAAACAUAUUUCUCAUUAAUUUAGCUAUUUCUGAUUUGUUAUUAUGUAUAACAGCUCUUCCAAUAACACCUGUAUUAGCAUUCGUGAAACGUUGGUUAUUUGGUUCAUUGUUAUGUAAAUUGGUACCAUUAUGUCAAGGAAUUUCUGUUUUAAUAUCAAGCUAUUGCUUGUGCUUCAUUGCUGUUGAUCGAUAUCGUAGUAUUGUUAUGCCAACUCGAGAGCCAUGGACAACAUUUCAUGCGUAUUUAUUAAUGGCUAUGUCUUGGUUUACUUCAGCUACCGUUUCAUUACCACUUUUUAUCACCCAACAAUUGCAACCAUUGGUGCUUGAAAAUACAACACUUUGUGGUUAUUUUUGUGGUGAAUAUAAUUGGCCAGCCGAUAAUCGUAUUAAACUAUUUUAUGGUUCUAUGCUACUUUUUUGUCAAUACCUCAUUCCGGUAACCAUUAUGACAUUUUGCUAUUGGAAGAUUUUACAGAAGGUUCGAGCUGAUUGGAUUGUGGCUCAGCAUUCGAUGUUAACUGAGGCCCAGCAAGCUCAAACAGCUGUUCGAAAACGACGGGUAAUGUAUGUAUUAAUAUUAAUGGUGGUUGUAUUCAUGGCAUCAUGGCUUCCAUUAACCAUUGUUAAUAUUUUCCGCGAUUUUGGAAUAGAGGCAUUUUUGGGUAUACAAAUGUAUUUCAAAUUGCUCAAUGUUCAUGCAAUAGCAAUGACUUCAAUUGUUUGGAAUCCAUUAUUAUACUUUUGGAUGAAUAAGGUUUCAUUUUAA